AAUCAAGAUCAAUCGACAGCGCCAGCCCAGCAGCACCCACGCCUCGGCCUCUCGCGCGCCGCCCCAAUGCAGGCCGCCGCCGCCGUCCGCCACCCGCACCUCCUCGCGCCGUGCGCCGGCCGCCCCCGCCGCCGGCCCAGCACCGUCCGCAUGGCGCUGCGCGAGGACGGGCCCUCCGUGGCCAUCGUGGGCGCCACGGGCGCGGUCGGGCAGGAGUUCCUCCGCGUCAUCACGGACCGGGACUUCCCCUACCGCAGCCUCCGCCUCCUGGCCAGCGAGCGGUCCGCGGGGAAGCACCUCGCCUUCGAGGAUCGCGAGUACACCGUCCAGGACCUCGCCGCGCCAGGGGCCUUCGACGGCGUCGACAUCGCGCUCUUCAGCGCCGGCGGGGGCGUCAGCCGGAAGUACGGUCCCGCGGCCGUCGCCAGCGGCGCCGUCGUCGUGGACAACAGCUCCGCGUUCCGGAUGGACCCCGAGGUGCCGCUCGUCAUCCCCGAGGUCAACCCGGAGGCCAUGGCCAACGUCCGGCUGGGGCAGGGCGCGAUUGUGGCGAAUCCGAAUUGCUCGACCAUCAUCUGCCUCAUGGCUGCCACCCCGCUCCAUCACCACGCCAAGGUGUUAAGGAUGGUUGUCAGCACUUACCAAGCUGCAAGUGGUGCUGGUGCUGCAGCAAUGGAAGAACUUAAACUGCAGACUAAGGAGGUCUUGGAAGGGAAGGCACCAACAUGCAACAUUUUCAAACAACAGUAUGCUUUUAAUAUAUUUUCGCACAAUGCACCAGUUCUUGAAAAUGGGUAUAAUGAGGAAGAGAUGAAAAUGGUGAAGGAAACCAGAAAAAUCUGGAACGACAAUGAUGUGAAAGUUACUGCGACCUGCAUACGGGUUCCUGUGAUGCGUGCGCACGCUGAAAGUGUCAAUCUACAGUUUGAAAAGCCACUUGAUGAGGAUACUGCCAGAGAAAUUCUGAGGGCUGCUCCUGGUGUUACCAUUGUUGAUGAUCGUGCAGCUAAUCGCUUCCCUACACCUCUAGAGGUAUCAAAUAAAGAUGAUGUAGCAGUGGGUAGGAUUCGCCAGGACUUGUCACAAGAUGAUAACCGAGGGUUGGAUAUAUUUGUUUGUGGUGAUCAGAUUCGUAAAGGCGCUGCGCUCAAUGCUGUUCAGAUUGCCGAAAUGCUACUGAAGUGACCGCUUCCUGUUCCUAGUUAGUCUAAUUAUUGCUGAAUGUACUCUGUGCAAUAAUUAUGAGACGGGCUUGAGUCAUCUGUGGCGCACAAAAGUGAAUUCGGAAGUUGGGAAAUAAUGGGCCAUCCUUAUUCAGCAUAUCGAUAUCUCAGAUUUUGAUUCAGAUUCAUAUAAAAGUGUGUUGGUACUCAAUGCACUGGGUCCAUUGUUAGUCUGAAUUACAGGUUCCAAAAUGUCUUGCUGGAUUUACACUUUCUUGUGCAAAAAUAGGUUUGAUGUAACUUUAAUCUAGAAGGCCCUGUCUUAAGGGCAGAUGGAAACAUCUUUUGAAAGAAAGAAUAUGUUGAGAGAAAUAUUUACUGUUGGAAAUCAAUGUGGUUCUAAUA